UAUUUGCUUCCUACAUGUUCUUUGUUCCGUGUUACUCGGGUUAUUACGGUAAGGGGCCGCUGCCUUCGGACCACGCCCCCUCAGUGCAGCCACUGUGCGUCCAGGACAAACAGCUGUCACCCCGCGAGCUGUCCUCCUGCUGCUGGGACUGACUGCAGACACAAUUGACAGAGUCAUUUGUGAUUUGUGGGUGUGUCAUCUAAUCCCAUAAUCCAAGAGGUUAAAAUAGUCAGUGGUGUGUGAUGUCCGCUGUUCACAUCCUUUACUGAGAUAAAAGAAGUAAAACCACACUGUACAAAUCCUCCAUGGCAAGCACAAGUCAAAUGUUGCCUCAACACUUGAAGCAGAUCCGAGUCCUCAUGCUCAACGACAAGGAGAACUUAGAGAGGACUCUGUUCAGACUCGAACAAGGGUUUGAACUCCAGUUCCGCCUGGGCCCAAGCCUUCAGGGCAGGAGGGUUAUGGUGCACACCAACUACCCACUUGAAGGACAACCGUUUGACCGAAACAACUUCCGUGUUUUAGCAUGGAACUACCCAACAGGGAGAGAGGAUGACUCUGAUAAGUUCUGCUCUCUGGACCUCCAGAUAGCCGGGUCCUAUCAGUACUACUUUGGAUAUGGAGACACAGAGUGCUCAGGGAGAGGAUACAUCGUGGUCGACCCCGUCCUUCGUGUUGGAGCAGACAAUCACGUCCUCCCAUUAGACUGCAUCACCAUCCAGACCUACCUGUCCAAAUGUCUUGGACACCUCGAUGACUGGCCAGAUAGACUGAGAGUAUCCAAGGAGUCAGGUUACAACAUGAUCCACUUCACGCCUCUGCAGACUCUAGGAGAGUCCAGGUCCUGUUACUCUUUGGCGGACCAGCUGACCUUUAACCCUGAGUUCAGCCCAGAGGGUGAGAGCUACAACUGGGAAGAUGUGGGGGCUCUGGUGGAGAAGUUAAGGACAGAAUGGAACAUGCUGUGUAUUACAGACGUGGUGUAUAAUCAUACUGCUGCUAACAGUGUGUGGAUCAAAGAACAUCCAGAGUGCGGUUACAACCUGGUGAACUCACCUCACCUGCGACCAGCCUGGGUCUUAGAUAGAGCUAUCCUCCAUUUAACCACCAGAGUAGCAGAGGGACGCUACAAAUCUAAAGGACUACCUGCUGUCAUUACCAAUGAGAGCCAUCUGAAUGCCCUCCGUAGAGUGUUGUGGGAAGAUGUGUAUCCUGAGAUCAAGCUGUGGGAGUUCUUCCAGAUCAAAGUGGACAGUUCUGUGGAGCAGUUCAGAACUCUGCUCCAAAAAGGCACCGAGCCAGAUCGUAGUAAGACUGGAGGGAAGAAGGGCCUGAAGAUCACUCAGGACCCACAUUACCGUCGUUAUGGCAACACAGUGGACAUGGACUCUGCUCUGGAGACAUUUGUACCUCACAGCUCCUCCCCACAGCAUAUCGAGGACUGCUGUGGUUGGCUGAGACAGAAGCUUAACGAGUUGAAUGAAGAGCAGCACCACAUCAUACACCAGCAUCAGGAGCAGGCUGCCAACUGCAUUGUGGGAAAUAUAGUGUAUGAGCGUUUGGCUGACCACGGCCCCAAGCUUGGUCCCGUUAACAGGAAAAACCCUCUAGUUACCAGGUAUUUCACCUUCCCAUAUCAGGACAUGACUCUAGAGCAGGAGCUGCAGCUGCUUGACCAGCCAGACAAGACGUGUCAUUUCCUGGCUCACAACGGCUGGGUGAUGGGCGACGAUCCACUGCGUAAUUUUGCAGAGCCAGGUAACAUAUAUUAAACUUCUUAGAAUCAAGGAAAAAAAGUUUAAGGGCGACACAUAAAUAUACUGCAAAAAAGGGGAAGAGAGCCUCACUGCUCCCUCUGUCCAUCACGCUUUAUCCUCUUGCAUGUUUAAUGUUUGUAAAAUGAACGUUUCAUCGC